AUGAGUAAUUAAAUAGCAACAAAAAAAAAACAAGAGUCUAACUUUAUAAGCAAUUUUAUAAUGGGAGGACUAUCUGCAGGCAUUUCAAAAACAGUAGCAGCUCCACUAGAGAGAAUUAAGAUUAUUUUUUAGACUUAAGAUGUUCAUCAUAUGGUUUAAAGUGGAAAAAUGGAAAAGUAUUUAGGCAUAACAAAUACUCUUAAACAGGUAUAUAAAUAAGAAGGCUUAUUAUCAUUAUGGCGUGGAAAUUUAAUUAAUGUUAUAAGAUACAUUCCAACCUAAGCGUUGAAUUUAGCUUUUGUUGACUUGAAUAAAAGCUUGUUCAAAUAAUACGACAAAAAUACACAAAAAGUAAAGUUUAUGUUAUCUCAUAUAUUUGCAGGAGGCAUGGCUGGAGCUUAAUCUCAAGUAUUUGUCUAUCCCUUUGAAUUUGCUAGAACAAGACUUGCUGCUGAUUUAGGAUCUAAGUAAGAAAGAGAAUAUAACUCUUUGAGCUAAUUUUUCAAGAAAAUCUACUAAACUAGUGGAAUUUAAGGAUUUUACAAAGGUUUUUGGAUUUCAAUAGUCUUUGCCUUCGUUUAUAGAGGAGUCUAUUUUGGACUUUAUAAUAGUGGUAAAGAAAUGUUGUUUAACAAGUAAUCAGUUUUUGUAAAAUUCUUGGCAGCUCAAGCUAUUACAGCACUAGCAGGAACUAUAGUAUAUCCUAUAGAUACUGUAAGAAGAAGACUCAUGAUGCAGUCAGGUAGAUCUGAUAUACUAUAUAACUCUUCCUUGGAUUGCUUAUAAAAAAUAUAUUAGUAGGAAGGAUACAAAGCACUCUACAAAGGAGGACUUUCUAAUGUUUAUAGAGGUCUUGGAGGAGCAUUAGUUUUAGUCUUAUACGAUGAAUUGCAUGCCUUUUAUGAAAAUAAAUUUUGA